GGCGGUUACAGGUGUGACAGCAGGUGCCCCCCCUCCAGGCACGUAAUGGGAGAGACUGCCAGCUAGAUUUGAGAUAUCAUCUUAAACGCUUCAAACCCGUCCAUCCAUUAUCUUAGACACUUCAAAUACAAUUAUACAAACCCCUCGGAAUCACGCUACUACUCUCCGAUGGCCGACGGAGCUCCUCUUCUCCCUUGCUAUAACUCCUCUGAGAGCCUAGAUGGCCUUGGAAAUCGGCCGCUCGCGGCUUCGACAAUGGUCGAUGAUGGCACUCUCGAGAGCUACGUCGACGACAAUUGCAGGUCCUCCCAACUCCUCCAAGCCAUCUUCGUGUCCUUGGCGUGGGCCUUCGACGCCCAGCAGACCUUCAUCAGCGUCUUCACCGACGCAGAGCCCGCGUGGCACUGCACCGCCACCACGUGCUCUUCUUCCGGCUCCACCCCUUGCGGCCUCCCUCCUGGCUCGUGGGCUUGGGACUCCCCAGCCCACGCUUCGGUGGUGUCGGAGUGGAGCCUCCAGUGCGCGGGCUCAGCCGUCGUCGGCCUCCCCGCCUCCGCCUACUUCGCCGGCUGCCUCAUCGGCGGUCUCCUGCUGUCGACGCUGGCGGACACCGUUCUCGGCCGGAAGACCAUGCUCUUUUUCUCCUGCUUCACGAUGUCGCUCUCCGCCGCCCUCACGGCGGUGUCCCCAAACCUGUGGGCCUACGCCGCCAUGAGGUUCCUCUGCGGUUGCGGGCGUGCCACCGUCGGUACCUCCUCGCUGGUGCUCUCGACGGAGAUGGUCGGGAAGAGAUGGCGGGAGAAGGUCAGCAUCAGUUCCUUUUUCUGCUUCACGCUCGGCUUCCUCUCCCUGCCCGCCUUGGCCUACCUCAACCGCGGGGCGUCGUGGAGAACGCUCUAUCUGUGGACUUCGAUUCCCUGUUUCUUCUACUCUGUUUUGAUAUAUUUCUGGAUCAAUGAAUCCCCGCGAUGGCUUCUCGUGCGCGGUCGCCGCGACGAGGCCAUCCAAGCGCUCAAGAGAAUGGCAGCGGCUGGCGAUCGCAAUGAUGCGAUCACCUCCAGCUUCUCGAAAUUGAUAGUGGAAGAGAACGCCAGUGACGUCAACGUCGACGUCUUCUCCGCCAUGAAAAUGCUCUGUGAAAAACGAUGGGCGCUUCGCCGUCUACUCGCCACCAUGAGUGCCGGCUUCGGCCUCGGACUUUUAUACUACGGGAUGCCGCUCAACGUGGGCAACCUCGACUCUGAUCUUUACCUCAGCGUCACCUUCAACGCGUUGGCCGAGCUUCCCUCGUCGUUGAUCACCCUGUUUCUCAUCGGCAGAGUGAACCGGAAGAGCUCCACGGUGGCUUUCGCCACCGCGAGCGGGGCGUUCAGCUUCGCGUGUGUGGCGGUGACGGCGGAGCCGUGGCAAAUGGCGGCGGAGGUAGUUUCCUUCUUCUCCGCCUGCACGGCCUUCAACUUCCUGCUCAUCUACUGCAUCGAGCUGUUCCCGACGUGCGUGAGGAACUCGGCCAUCGCGAUGCUGAGGCAGGCGGUGGUGCUGGGUGGGGUGUUGGCGCCGAUGCUGGUGGCGGAGGGAAGGAGGCGGAGCUUCAUGUCGUUUGGCGUGUUCGGAGUCGUGGUCUGUUCCUGCGGGAUGUUCGUGGCAUGCCUGCCGGAGACGAGAGGGAGGAGCAUGUGCGAUACCAUGGAGGAAGAAGAGUCCAAGCAGAUGAAGAACGCUUCCUCAAACACUCCAUGA